AUGGCUAUCGUUGAUAUGAAUACUAUUCUUGAUUCUCCAAUGAAGUUGCCGGUCAAGGUUAAAGAAUUCGGAGCAUCUACUGGCCUAUGGCUCUCGGAACAUUUAGACCAAGCUCGUCGAUUUGACUUUCCUGUCAUAAGUAACCCCGGAAAGAAAACGUCACCAGAGCCUACCGCUUGUCAGGGACUUGAUGCUCCUUCUACGGGAGGGUUCAAGGCUGGUGUCGUGGAAUCGAAUUCUGCAAAAACAGGCCUUGAGAAUGCUACUAGGAAAGGGAGGAGCAUAAACUCGAGAUUUCGGUUUAUGGGAAAGGACAGCGAUGGAGAUGAUCGGGUGAUUGAGUUCCAUGUUGUGGCAUAUCCUGGGAUGGAGAUGAAAGUUAUCGUUACGCAGCUCAUUGUGAAUAGCAACGACGAUUGA